AUGUCUAACCCACACGUGUUAGACUCCCCGGCCGUGAUCGUGGACAAUGGGUCCGGGCUCUGCAAGGCGGGCCUGUCGGGCGAGAUCGGGCCCCGCCACAUCGUCAGCUCCGUCGUGGGGCACCCCCAGUUCCCGGCGGCCUCGGCGGGGGCCAGCCAGAAGCAGCACUUCGUCGGGGAGGAGGCCCUGCACAGGAAGGAGGCCCUGUUCCUCCGCCGCCCCAUCGAGCGCGGCCUGGUCGUCGGCUGGGACGACAUGGAGGUGCUGUGGCGGCACCUGUUCGAGUGGGAGCUGGGGGUGCGGGCCGGCGAGCGGCCGGUGCUCAUGACCGAGCCCUCGCUGAACCCCAGGGAGGCCCGGGAGAAGAUGGCCGCCGUGAUGUUCGAGACGUUCCAGGUGCCCGCCUUCUACCUGUCGGACCAGGCCGUGCUGGCCCUCUACGCCUCGGCCUGCGUCACGGGCCUGGUGGUGGACAGCGGGGACGGGGUCACCUGCACCGUCCCCAUCUUCGAGGGCUACUCCCUGCCCCACGCGGUCAGCAAGCUGCACGUGGCGGGGAGGGACCUCACGGAGCACCUCACGCGGCUGCUGCAGGCGGACGGGCGCACCUUCCCCUGCGCGCUGCCCCGGGCCCUGGUGGAGGACAUCAAGGAGAAGCUGUGCUACGUCGCCCGGGAGCCCGAGCAGGAGCUGUCGCGGCGGGCGGAGGAGGUGCUGCGGGAGUACAAGCUGCCGGACGGGAACACCGUCUGCAUCGGGGACCAGCUGUUCCAGGCGCCCGAGGCCCUCUUCGCGCCCGAGCAGCUGGGCGUCCAGAACCCCGGCCUCUCCCGCAUGGUCUCCCGCAGCAUCGGCAAGUGCGGCGCCGACAUCCAGGGCGCCCUCUACGGAGAGAUCGUGCUGUCGGGGGGCAGCACCCUGUUCCAGGGGCUGGACGACCGGCUCCUGAAGGAGCUGGAGCAGCUGGCCAACAAGGGGACCCCCAUCAAGAUCACGGCGCCCCCCGACAGGUGGUUCUCCACGUGGAUCGGCGCCUCCAUCGUCACCUCCCUGAGCAGCUUCAAGCAGAUGUGGGUCACCUCCGCCGACUUCCAGGAGUUCGGGACGUCCGUGGUCCAGAGGAGGUGCUUCUGA